AAAUAUAGUUGAGCGAAACGAUGGCUGGCUCAUGCGUCAAGCUCGUCAACGGGUGCUGCCAGUGGGGCGAUCUACCAGAUGAAGAAGACAAGAAAUCUCCAGUUCUUCUUCUAGGAGUCAAUAAAAUAUCGGACUCACCAUCGCUUGUUCGCAGAAGGUCAACUGAACCGCACACCACAGGAUCUAUAAGGUUCUUUAGACCCCCUAAAUCUAAAUACACUAGAGGUCUCCAAGGAGAUGAAAGAUUAGAGAAAAUUCGCCAAGACCUCCUAGUGCACAAACAUAAACCAGACAAGUACAUUCCUAGAGACAAUGAUAUUUCAUUGAAGUUGGAAGAAAAAAGAUGUAUCAAGCUAAAUUGCGUCGGAAACUGCAUUUGUGAUAAAGAAAAAGGUUCUUCGCGCAGAGGCUCCUUCUCGUUUCACAGGCCAGACAACAGGCAGUCUUCACUCUGUCCCUCAGAGCCUUACGAAAAGGCAGAAGAUAAAAAAGACUAUUCGGAAAACGAUAUCGAGUUUAAAUACAAAGAACACAUUCCAAAUUCUCAACCUAGUACCAGUAAGAGCUCUUACAAUGUUACUCCGAAAUCAGCUGAGCGCAGGCAUUUCUUAUUAGCUAAUUUAAAUGAACGCUUUCGGAAAACUCUCAGUUUAGACUCUCGAAAAAUUGAGACCAAUCGCAUACCCUUGAGUUUACCAAAGGACUCUCGACCCAAGUCCUUAGUGAACACUAGUAAUAUUUGCGUGCAGAACUUUCAAACUGGCGAUAAUUCGGUGGCUACAAACUUUGAUAAAGCCAACCAACCGAAAAAGAAACGGAAAUCGUUUUUUUCUCUUGAUACUUUCUUUGAUUCCAAGAAGUCUGACACGUCAUCCAUUGAUGAUUAUUGCUCUUCUAAAUAUAAACGUUUCGAGUUAGAAAGUGACGAGUCUCCUCUCUUUAAACGCAAUCCGAAUCAGAGAGAAAAGACACCUGAUUUACUUAAUCUGCCUAUUAUAAUAGACUCAGUGCGUAAAAAACAAUCUGAGACAAAGAGACAAUUGGAAAAGCUUGAAAACCAUUACUAUAGGAGUCUUAUUAAAACACAGCCUGUUAUAGAUGCAGUUCCUAAAGACGCAAAAAACGUAGAUGGACCUAGCGGAAAUUCCAACCAUGUAUUCAUCGACGACGAUGACGUUGAAUACAUUGAACCUAUACGCAGUAACUUCACCAGUCAGAGUACAUUAAUUUUAGAAAAAAACAUUCCUGGAGACUACGCUGUAAAGCCUGAUUCUAUUUUAACUAUAAACACUGACGAGACUGAUAUAAAACUGCCCAGUUCUACAGUUUCACCGAAAUCAAAUGAUGUUCGAAACUUUGAUAAUGAUUUAGACAGUAUAGGGAUAUAUGAAAUAGAAGUUAAAGAAACAGAUUUACUUAAAGAUCUUACGAAGGAUUUGACAGUUAAAGUUAUGGAUAAGUCUGUGGAUUCUAUCGGCAGUUGUUCAUUAGACGUGGAUGCGAGCACGGACUUCUCAGAUACAACAUCUGGUAGUUUGAAUCUCCUAACACCAUCGUCGACUACCAGUCGGAUUCGAGAUUUCAACUCCAGGUUCCAAGAGAGGGCAGCGUCUAACCUCCAACCAGUUAGCCAACAUCCUACGCCUACUAUCACACCAAUUCGUACCCCAGAAGACCCCACACCAACGCCUAAAAGAUCAGAAAACUUAUUAAAACCGCCUCCAAAAGUUCACCUAGACGCAGGAAGUCAUAGGUCUCGAGGCCACCAUAAAAAACGAGACGAUAUACCUCACAAGAAACCGAGCUACUUGAACUUGGCCUGCUCUGUCAACGGGUACACGAAUCUCACAACUUACGACUCCAAGUUGCGUCAAGAUAUCAACAAAAGUCGUGAAGCGUCACCGAUACGGCCGAUCACUCACACAUACCAUUACAAGAGCGAGAACAACUCUCUACUCGUCCCUGUUCCGGUCAGCGCUAACAAGCUGUUGGUCCCGACUUUCGGACCCCAUGAUACAAGAACGGAUUUGACAGGAAAAGCGCCUUCCAAGGCGCACACCGAUCCUUAUCUAGCAACGUCAUCGCUGCAUGUUUACAUGGCGGCUGAGAAUAAACAGCUAAAGAACGACUUUCUCGGCACCAACAUGACGACUACCAGCAGACCUUACAUUUCCAGCGAGAGCAAGAAUUUCGCUACAUCGAUGCUACAUCAGACCACCGACGUAGUGGAUAAUGCUAAGGAGUUGACAUUCAAAUCCAGUUAUUCGGAGACGAAUUUUCGAAAGACCGUCGCUACUAAUGGCAAGGAAACGAGAUACAGCUCAGAAUCAUACACUAUAUCAUCAAAUGGAGUGUCUAAACGAGUCGAAAUAACGAAGGAGAAUGGGGAAAAACUCACGAGUCCCAUGAAGAGUUUUAUACAACAGAGGGUCGAAAGAUUAUACGGUCCGGGUGCCCUCGCGCAGGGUUUCUUCAACCAAAAGAGGCACAAGUUAAAGAGUCAGAGUGAAGACGACGACCCGAAAGUGCUCACGGAGAAAUCUCUCAACUGCCCCAGCGAGAGAGUGGUCACUCCCAAGAAAUCGAACAGCUUUGAAAGCGAAAAUAUGUAUUCUAGUCCAAAUGGAGAAAUCGACUCGAGCGUAUCUCUACCCGUUCUCAGGCAUUUGAGGCCAGAGUUCCGCGCGCAACUGCCAAUUCUGUCGCCAAAGAAAAGUAUUAAAGCUGAACUCUCCCCUCAAAAAUCCGAAGACAUUCCAAGUCCUAAGACUGAACCGGUGGUAGAAGCCAGCCUAGUGAGUGUAACAAAUGGUGUAUCUGUGAUAAACUUGAAUGACUCUGUGAAGGAAACAGUGAAUGGUGUUAACAGUGUAAAUGGAGUGGAGAAGGAUACCAAGGACAUUGUUAAAGAUGGACACUACUUCCUUGACUUGGAGAAGAAGGAGACAGAGAGGCUGAUGGCUUUAUCUGCUACUGCUGAGAAAGAGUUGGAAAAUUUACAGGACCAAGACGUUAGCGAGGAAAUUCUAGGUCUUCUCAGAGCUGCGUCUGGCAAGGCGAGAUUAUUAGCUACACAGAAGAUGCAACAAUUUGAAGGUCUGUGCUACAACAAUAUAAAUGAGCGAGCAGACGAACCGUUCCCGACAACGGUGCAGGACUUACAGGGAUUCUGGGACAUGGUCUGUCUACAGGUGGAUAAUGUGAACGCCCUCUACCACCACAUAGAUAUGCUCAAAGCCAACGGCUGGCGAGAGAUAUCGACGCCGUCAAAGAAGCCCGCUAGCACAAGCGGUAGUGGUACAUCGCGCGGUCGAGCUCGUAACACCACCGGUACAAUCACCGCCUCCACCAGCACGCCGCAGAAUGAGAAGGCGCGACUGGCCGCCGAGAAACGGGACGCGGACAGGAAGGCGAUGCUCGAACACAGGAGGAGGAUUGCCCGUGAGAAGCAACUCGCUGGACCAAGUCGAGAACGAGACCAAAUGAACAUCGAAGGCGCUCAGGAGGUAGAAAUCUUUGUGGGGAAAGGACCAAAACCCUCUACGAAGGCGCCGCAAGGUGACUGUCCCACUCACUCCAACUCUGAUCUCUCGCUCACCGACAGCUGAUCAUCAUCACACACACUCUCCUGCUCCAAGUACUAUCUCUAAUAUAUUGAACACGCAUUUGCAAUAACUUAUAAUAAUAUAAUACUUUAAAAGUUACAAUUCCUUGUAAAACUAUAUAAAUUAAUUGAUUC